AUGUUUCCUUCAAACUUCCAACAUCCUUUGUCCUUCCGCGAUCACAAACUUUCGCCGGAAGAACAACACGCCUGCGCCAAUGGCACCGCUACUACCCUCGAGCACUCCAUUGGCCGAGACUAUUUGGCGUCUCGAGCUGACUGCCCUGUUAAGAGGAUGCCUCUGGACCCAAAGCAGGAUAUGGAGAAAGAAAUGCACAUGCAGCCCUCCAACCACCUUGAGGGUGACCCGCCGCCGACUUCGAACAAGAUACCUCUAUUUACUGCAAGACCUGACUCCGCCCGUUACGAUGUCCAUGCACUCACUGACGAUUUCGAUGCAACGCAGGCUCUCUCGACAUUGAAUCUAGCGAUGAGAAUCUCACCCUGUCCUCGACCUCCCGAAAAGAUUACCCCCGAGACGGGAGUCCUCAAGAAAGAUCUUCAGCAACUUGAUGCUCCGCCCAGAAGAUCAACGAGCAAUACACCGACCCAGUCAACAAGAUCAAUCUGA